UCGAAGAAAAAGCGUCGGAACCCUUUUCUUCCUUGUGGCCAAGAGCAUGUUUUAGUGGAGGGGGUUUUUCGUUUUGCGAUAACUCGUCCUUUCCUGCUCGAUUGUCGUACUCUGAAGCUUCAAUGCUUUGUCUAUCGUUAAUUAGUUGUAUUGUGAUCGAGCUAAUCGAUUUUGUUUGGAUUUCUGCUUUGUUUUCUCCGAGGUUCAGUUGAAGGAACUUUGGGUUUUACGGAGCAUUUGUGUGAGGAGAACCUAAACCAAGAGGCUGGAGCAACUCGAGAUGUCGAUGGUGGAGUUGUUUUCGAUGGUCUCUCCCUCGGGGGGGAUCAGGUUUGAGUUGGUGGACCGUCAUGCCCCCACCGCUUGGGUGAUCGAUGUUGUGGAUCAUCGAGCGACGUACCGGGGAAGGGUCAUGGAGGACCGGACAGAUGAGCGUGGACGUCUGACGAGGGGAGUUCUACAACGCAUGGAGAUGAGCUUUGACUUGCCGCCUUCAGUUCGCUGUGGACCAGGUACUGGUCAAGGACCACCUGCACCACCUCCGACUUCAUCUUCUUCCGAUGACGAGGACCCAUCCGAGAUCGAGGCUGAUGUUGAUGCACCUGUUGCGCCACCUCCUGCUACUGCUGUCGAUCCUACCGACGUGGCGUCGUCCUCAAGGCUCGUGGAGCCGAAGAGGGAGCCUGUUGUUCCAUCUGCCUCUCGUCGUUUUCCUUUUACCCCACCACGCGGCUACCGUGUGGAACCCCUGGUUCGUGUGGUGGAGGAGGAUGUUCUUACUGAGGAGGUAGAUGUUGAGAUGGGCUCGACUAGGGUUGUGCGCAGGACAGUUAGGAGGGAGGUCGUUGACUUGGACACUGAGAUGAUCACGGUGGAUUCCGACUCUGACUCCGACACCGACGUGGACAGCUACUCGCCGAACGACGAGGGAGAGGAGGAGGAGCUAUGAGCGGUACUGGGAGGGUAGGUUAGGCAGGCGCCAUAUUUUGUGUAGAGCUCUGAUUCGUCUUACUUUUGGGACAGGGUAAGUUCCCGAUGCAUGGCUUUUUGUGUGGUUCUCUUGCUGAGGAAUCACAGAGAGUCUGUCGGACUAUAGGGGUCUUUUGUUUAGGCCAUUUUGGGGCCGACGUUCUCUUGGAGGAUUGUACUUAAAACUUUUUACUUACAUUACUGGUUCUGUACAUAAUUGCCUACGGGCACACUACUUUGGGGUCACUGCGAGUGCGCGUGACGUUGACGUGCAGUUGAGGUUGUACCUGUAUAUAUGUUUGUACAUCGGUUAGUUUAGUUGCUGGGUUA